AUGAAAUUGAUCGUGUUAUUGACAGUAAUAGCCAUAUCAAAUGCGGCUAAAUUGGGUAAGACCUAUCUUCCGCCUCACGCCCAAAGUUCUGGUGGAUCAGAGUUCUUAGAAGCCCCUAUAUCAAGGCCUAUAUACGUAGCUGAUAUACCAACAUCACAAGAAACCGGUUCUGAGUCUAACAGUUUAUAUUCAGAGCAACAGCAAUCUGUUAAUGAAUUAGUGCAUGUACAAAAACAAGCUAAUAUUGCUCAAAGUAAUGUGGAACAAUUGCAAAAUGUGAACUACCAUAUCAAGUACGAAGAAAGACCAGAACGUCCCCAAGCUGCCUAUGAAAGACAUGCAGCAAUUCUUCGUCAAGAGUAUCAGAACAAUGGUGAAUCUUACGCAUAUGCUUAUGAAACGGAGAACGGCAUAUCCGCUGAUGAAAGUGGUGUAGCAAUAAAUGGUGUGAAAGCUCAUGGUGGAUUCUCAUACACUGGGGACGAUGGGAAGCAAUACAGCAUCAGUUACACAGCUGAUGAGAAUGGCUUCAGACCUCAAGGUGACCACUUGCCUACACCUCAUCCUAUUCCUGCUGAAAUUCUGGAAUCACUUGAAAAAAACGCACGCGAUGAAGCAGCUGGAAUUUAUGAUGAUGGAUCAUACGACGAAAGAAAGUACGGUGAAGAAUCCAGCUACAGCCAAUACAUUACUAACUCCAAUAAAGCGAAACAAGCUAACUACGUAAAUGUCAAUGAACAACAACCUAUCACUGAUGAAGAUUCUAUCGUAACUCAUGCUGCACCUGCUUCCUCUGGAGGCUACAGAAGUGUUGUUAUCCAAAAUAUACAGGAUCUUGAUUAUGUUGAAGCAAAUGCACCUCAAGAAGCCUCAAAUGCUGGAGUACAUAAAGCUUACUUGCCACCGGUUGCUCAAACUUCAAACGGAGAAAUAACCAAAACAUAUUUACCAUCAAUCGCUCAUAAAGUUAUCCAAGACCGAUCAUCACAAAAUGGACAAUUUGGAAGCAGAAAUCGCAAACCAAGCUUUAGUAAGAAAAGCGGAUACCAGUAU